CCCUCCCCGCCACCCGCAGAAGCCCCCACGCACCCGGACACGCACACGAGGACGCCCACCAGCCCCUCUCGUCCCGCUCGCCCCGCUCGCCCGCAGCCCCGAGGAUGUUAAAUCGGAAGAACCAGCUGGGCAUGUAUUUCCUCCUGCUCCUUCUGGGCCACCUCCUGGAGGAUCGCGCCGCCCAGGCCGGGAACUGCUGGCUCCGCCAGGCCAAGAACGGACGGUGCCAGGUGUUGUAUCGGACGGAGCUGAGCAAGGACGAGUGUUGCCGCAGCGGGAGACUCAGCACCUCCUGGACCGAGGAGGAUGUCAACGACAACACGCUCUUCAAGUGGAUGAUAUUUAACGGGGGCGCCCCUAACUGCAUCCCGUGCAAAGAAACGUGCGAGAACGUGGACUGCGGCCCGGGGAAAAAGUGCAAGAUGAACAAGAAGAACAAGCCCCGGUGCGUUUGCGCCCCGGAUUGCUCGAGCGUCACCUGGAAGGGCCCCGUGUGCGGCCUGGAUGGGAAGACCUAUCGGAGCGAGUGCGCCCUGCUGAAGGCCAGGUGCAAAGAGCAGCCCGAGCUGGAGGUCCAGUACCAGGGGAGAUGUAAAAAGACCUGUAGGGAAGUGCUCUGCCCAGGCAGCUCCACGUGCGUGGUGGACCAGACCAACAACGCCUACUGCGUGACGUGUAAUCGGAUUUGCCCAGACCCUCCCUCACCUGAGCAGUAUCUCUGCGGGAAUGACGGAAGAACUUACUCAAGCGCUUGCCACCUGAGGAAAGCCACCUGCCUGCUGGGCAGAUCGAUUGGAUUAGCCUACGAGGGAAAAUGUAUCAAAGCAAAGUCCUGUGAAGACAUCCAGUGCAGCGGAGGGAAGAAAUGCCUGUGGGAUUUCAAGGUCGGGCGGGGGCGGUGCGCGCUGUGCGACGAGUUGUGCCCCGAGAGCCGGUCAGACGAAGCGGUGUGUGCCAGCGAUAACGCCACCUACCCCAGCGAGUGCGCCAUGAAGGAGGCGGCCUGCUCCUCGGGGGUGCUGCUGGAGGUCAAGCACUCCGGAUCGUGCAACUCCAUAAACGAAGACCCCGAGGAAGAGGAUGAAGAUGAAGAUCAGGACUACAGCUUUCCUAUAUCUUCAAUUCUAGAGUGGUAAACUCCUCCCUCCCCGUUGGAAAAUAGCCCUUGGGCAACAAAAAAUCAGUGUCCAUAUUGUAAAUAAGUGUACGCUUAUUUAUUUGGGGGGGGACGGAACCCACAAAAGGAGCUGAGCCCUGCAGACUUUCCACCAGGUGCCUUCUCACACUGACUUGAGAGGGAGAGGAAAUCCAGUGUGAAGUCUCCGGGACGAAGCCCCUAGUCGAGGCGCUAGACCUUUAUUUAUACUGUGUCAUGUUUUAUAAUUUAUACCGAAAAUGUCCGGUUGACUGUACACCUUGUUUUUUGAAGAAAUUUAUUCGUUAAAGGAAGAGCAGUUUGUUAUUUAUUGUGAGGUCUCUUGCUUGUAAAGUAAAGCUUCGUUCUCCCAAA